AAGAAGAAGAAAUGAAACAAAAAAGCAAUAAAAGGAAAGUGUCAGGAAACUUGUCUAAUGGUCUUGCUGAUAACAGUGAUGCAUGGAGUCCUCAAAGCAAAGGUGAACAAACUGAUCAGCAGCAGUGUCCUGUUACGGAGAGUAAAGAUCCGGAGAGGUUUACCUUAAGAGGAGAAAAAAAGAAGACAGAAAAAUGUCAUCUGUUACGUGAAAAAUACAAGGUACAGUUCAGAAAUAAAGAAGAACACUCUAUUAAAGAUGCUGACAUGAACCCACAAAUUGAAACUGCCAUCAGAGCAAAAAACAUCACACUGACGAUUAUAAGAGAAAAGGAGGUUGUCGAACAGCAAAAUUACACCCGGAGGCAACUUUCUCAAGAACAGAAUGCCAACAUAUUACAGGACGGAAUUCUGACCAAAUACAUUGGCAAACCAAAGGUUUCUGAGAGUUCCGACAAAGACAAAAGGCUAUUGCGUGAAAACCACAUGUUGUGGGAAGAACUCGCCAAAUUAAGACUGGAAAUAGACACAAUAAAAAUUCAGACCCAGGAAAUGGAAAAAAAAUAUGUUGAGGACAUUGCCAUUGCCCAAGAAAAGAAUGCCUGUCUUCAAAAGACAUUAAGAGAAACAGUAUUUCAACACAAUGCACAGCUUGACGUUCUAAGAGCUGAGCUUAUCAAGCUCAAGUGUAAACUGGAGCAUGAACAAGAAAACAGAAUAAGACUUGAAGCAGAAGUUGAAUCCUACCGGUGUAGACUGGCUACUGCUGUAGAGGAUCAUGACCCUUGUCAGGCAUCCCAAAGAGACUUACCGUUUGCUUUCCAGAGAUCAAUAGAUGAAUGGUUUUCCUUAUGGGACAAAAUGAAUUUGGAUAUGUCUAACGUGAGACAGAACAAUGAGAACCUUUUUCAACGACUUGCCGGAGUAGAAAGUAAAAGCAACACCUUAGAAAUGGAGCUCCGCCACGUAAGAGAUUCUGUCCAGGAAAGGACAUUGGUUUCAGGGGGAGGAAGAGACCACAGUCAAAACCAGUGUGAAAAGGAGGACGUGGAACACGUGAAUCAAAGGGAACAAGGGGAAGUGGAUCAAGAUAGGGGAGAGCAGGAAUCCUUAGUGGAGAAGCUAUCUCUCAUACAAAAUGAAAUUGUGCUGAUUAGAAAGCAACUGAAUCAGGCUCCCAAUAACACUCACGGAGAAGAAAAGACAGUGAUUAACACCCAACAUCAGAUUCCACAUACCAGGAAAAUAUUUGAUCAUGAAAAUGAAAAUUAUGUGCUUAAGCUGCUUCAGAUGAUUAAGGAGAUAAUCAACGAAUGGGAACAUUUCAAAGAAAGAAGACUUCAGACUGAAAAGGAUAAGGGAGAAGGAGAUGAUGAUGAUCUUAUAGCAAAACUGCCACCGGCAUCUUCAAAUAAAGAAAAGACACCUCAACAGGAGUUCACAGUGAACGCACUUCUAAAGGAAUGUGAAGAACUAAAGGCUGAAAAAGACAAGUUGAAACAAAAGACACAAAGCAUCUCAAGAAAUCCCGGAGCGUUAACAUGUACUCGUAAUGCUACAAUAGGAAGUCAUUUGGAACUCAGAACUCCUCUUUCGCAAACUACUCAAGAUGAAAUCAGAAAGUGUAUUAGAAAUAUACAAGAAGAACUGAAAUGGUGGAACUUAUUGGAAAGGAAAUGAACUUUAUAAGUCAAAUGGAGAAUCAGAGAAGACAAAUUUAACUGAGUAAUUAGCCUCUAAACUUAAAACAUAAUUACUGUUGUGCCAGGUUCAUGAGCUUAGUGGGGCGUGAAAGCUCACUAAAUAGUAUAACUUUGUCAAAUGAUGUGAGUAAAUAAAUUUACCAGUCAAAUGUU